GGUAGAAAUUACAGGAAGACGACAUUUUUAAAAGGAAUGACAUAUUUACGUAGAAAUAAAGAAUAUACAUUUUUUAAUAACAAGUUCUGAUUUUUCGCAUGCCAGGACUUUAUUACAAGCCGUGCACAGAAAGCUGAUCAAAUUUUAACCAGUCUUUGAAAAUAUUGUUCUUUAGCCAAGGUAAUUGGAAUAAUCUUGUAGGGAAGUAACCUAAUCCUCAUAAACAACAACAAAUUGAUUUCUUAUUUCCUAAGAAAGAACAAAUGUAUGUAUUAUUCAAAAAUACGAUGAGAAGAAAAUGUUAUCGUUUCAAUUGCCGUUUCAAUAGCAUUUCAAUCAGUUGAGAAUAAAGUAAUGAAUAAAAUAAGCUAACAUAAAUCAAUAACAUAAUGUCAAUGAGCGAUCAUAAUAGAGUUGUUACGGUAUUUAUGCGCAAUUAUAGAAUAAAUAAAUGUAUGUAUUAAGAAAUAAGUUAGAUCUUGUAAUAAAAUGAUAUAACAGUUAAACAUCAAACAUUAAAGGAUUGGGUAAAACUUUAGUAAAGUUUAUAUGUUAUAUUUAAAGUGUCAAUGAUGGAUAGCAAAGACUGGUUAAUAGUUGGAAUUUCAGGAGUAACGUGUAGCGGAAAGACAAUAUUAGCUAAAGAAUUGCAUAACAAGUUAAACGGUUCUAUAUUAAUACAUCAAGAUAAUUAUUUUUUACUUCCUAACGAUCCAAGGCACACCAAAAUUGCUGCUUUGAAUCAUAUUAAUUGGGAGAUUUUAUCUAGCUUAGAUAUGGACAGAAUGUAUUUGGACAUUAAACAAUUGCUAAAUUCUACACCAAAUGAUUUGAAUAAUGCUGGAAAGAAGUCUAAACGAAUAUUAAUAUUAGAAGGUUUCUUAUUAUUUGGGUAUAAACCGAUCUCAGAUUUAUGUCACCUUAAAUAUUUUCUAACAUUGAACAAAGAUGAGUGUUUCAAACGUAGGAGCAUCAGAACAUAUGAUCCUGCCGAUGUUCCAGGAUAUUUUGAAGAAGUUGUUUGGCCAGAGUAUUUAAAACAUUUAUCAACAAUAAUGCAAGAUGAAAAUGCAUCUACAGAGCUAAUAUUUGUUGAUGGAACGAUGGAGAAAGAUGAGAUGGUUCAAAUGGUUUUAACCAAAAUUCAACAUUUGUUAUCUUAAGUGGACUGAUAUAUUGUUAUUGAAAAGAAAGGCUUACAAUUAACAAUAAGACUAUUGUACUUUAUUAUAAGGAUAGACUAAAAGAAAAAGAAAAAUAUAAUGCUAUAUAUAAAAUUGAAAACAUAAAUUGCAUACAAAAAAAAAGUUUAUAUUUUUAUUAUUAAGCACAAAAUUGUUUGCGUAACAAUUAAUUAACUGUUAUGUAUUAUUCAAGAUAUUCCAUGCUUUGGUCAU